AUGGGGCCUCCGCGGCCAAUUUACCACUCUGCUGGCCAGUCCAGUUCCGGUGCUCCCCAGUUUGAUCCCUCUGACCCCAUCGAUCCUCGAUUGUCAACUGCAACAAUCGGUCGUGCCAUAAUGAACAACCAACCUGUCAGAGAGCUCGCCAUUCGCCACCAGGCCGCCGAGAUCCUCGAUAGACCUGCUCCAAAAGUUGUCUAUAAGCAAAGUCAACGCACCCUCCCAUAUUUCAGUCAUCAACAACUUGACCUUGAUUACUUCCCCGAAUGUGAGUUCUUAUUCCCGUGGCAUAAACAAAUCCAGUUGAAAGUAAAGGCCUUGACUUCUCAAGUUGUUGGUGCUCCCAUCUGUGAUUGCCCUGGCAGCGGCGAGGGUUGGGAUGCGGAUGGAGACAUAAGCGCAGACACUAUCCUGGACACUGAUGAUGCAGCGGACGCUGGGUCUGAAGCAGAAAACAACGGUAAGCCCAAGAGUACAAAAGACAAAACCAAAGUCCGCCGCAAGCGCAAAGCGAAGGAUACCCCACAAGAGACCGAUGGACAAUCGACAAAGCGCAUGAAGGUUUCCGGUGGCCGACCUGCAGUGGCUAAGAAGGUGACGGCAGAUCUUGAUUCUGAUGAUGAAUUGAUCGUCCGCAUGAAAGAGGCCCGCUACCUGGAGAAAGAUAUCGCACAAGCCUUGAUCGAUCAAGGUCGUACCGCGUACAAUCCCAAGACCAUUGGUACACGUUGGAGACGAUUGAAGCAAGCUUUGGCUAAGCGAAAUGACGCACUGCUUGACGCUGAUUUGACUGAUUGGCAUGAGGGUGAUGAUGAUGUUCUGAUCAAGGCUAUUCAAAAGGCCGAUAAAGAGAUCAGACGCUUGACGGCAGACAUCGAAUCCAAAAAGUGGCGUAUGGUUGCUGACGCAAUGAAGAACGAAAAGCCUGUACUCAAUUUCUCCCAGAACGCCUGCAAGAAGCGAUUCGAGGAUCUGAGAAACGGAACAGCCAAGCCGACCCCCGAGUCUGUCGAAAAUCCCACGCCUGAGAUAGUCGAACGCAUCAGAGCCCGCAAAAUGAGGCAACUUGCACUUGACGCUCAGCAUCCUCAAGAUAAGCUCGAAAUGCAAAACGUCAAGGGCAAUGGCUGGACGAGUCGUAUGCGCACUUACUACUAA